GACAUAACCAACCUUAGUUUUCGAAUCGACCAAGCUUUUUUUGCUUUGCCUUUGGUCUUCUUUUCGAAUUACUAGCAAGUUCUUCGACUCCGUUUUCUCCUCCAUCUUUCUUCUGUUCACUCGGCAAGAAAAAAACGAGAAAACUCAUCUCUCACACAAAAGAUGCCUUCCACCAACGGUAUCACCGGCGCCAAGGUGCUCGACUCCAAGACCGCCCUCCAGGUCUUGAAGGAGUACGAGAGCCGCGAUGGCCUCGACAUUCACGAGCUCAUGGACACCAAGAAGCACGGUGGUCUGACCUACAACGACUUCCUGCUCCUCCCCGGCUACAUUGGCUUCCCCGCCUCUGCCGUCGUCCUGGACUCCCCCGUCACCAAGAGAAUCACCCUCAAGACCCCCUUCGUCUCCUCCCCCAUGGACACCGUCACCGAGCACGAGAUGGCCAUCGCCAUCGCUCUCCAGGGUGGUCUCGGUGUCAUCCACCACAACUGCUCCCCCGAGGAGCAGGCCGAUAUGGUCCGCAAGGUCAAGCGUUACGAGAACGGCUUCAUCAUCGACCCCGUCGUCAUCAGCCGCGACACCACCGUCGGUGAGGCAAAGGCCCUGAAGGAGAAGUGGGGUUUCGGAGGAUUCCCCGUCACAGAAAGCGGCAAGCUCGGCUCCAAGCUGCUGGGAAUCGUCACGAACCGUGACAUCCAGUUCGAGGACGACGCCUCCCUCUCCAUCUCCAAGGUCAUGGUCACCGACCUCAUCACCGCCACCGACGGCACCGACCUCUCCGAGGCCAACAAGAUCCUCGCAAAGUCCAAGAAGGGCAAGCUCCCCAUCGUCGACAAGGACGGCAACCUCGUCUCCAUGAUCUCCCGCUCCGACCUCAACAAGAACCAGCACUUCCCCCUGGCCUCCAAGCUCCCCGACAGCAAGCAGCUCCUCUGCGGCGCCGCCAUCGGCACCCGCCCCGAGGACAAGCACCGCCUCAAGCUCCUCGUCGACGCCGGCCUCGACGUCGUCAUCCUCGACUCCUCCCAGGGCAACUCCAUGUACCAGGUCGAGAUGGUCCAGUGGAUCAAGAAGGAGUUCCCCGGCCUCGACGUCGUCGGCGGAAACGUCGUCACCCGCGAGCAGGCCGCCACCCUCAUCGAGGCCGGCGUCGACGGUCUCCGCAUCGGCAUGGGCUCCGGCUCCGCCUGCAUCACCCAGGAGGUCAUGGCCGUCGGCCGCCCCCAGGCCGCCGCCGUCCACUCCGUCAGCAGCUUCUCCGCCCGCUUCGGCGUCCCCUGCAUCGCCGACGGCGGCGUCCAGAACGUCGGCCACGUCGUCAAGGGUCUCUCCCUCGGCGCCUCCACCGUCAUGAUGGGCGGUCUCCUCGCCGGAACCACCGAGUCCCCCGGCACCUCCUUCGUCUCCCGCGAGGGCAAGCUCGUCAAGGCCUACCGCGGCAUGGGCUCCAUCGACGCCAUGCAGGACAAGAAGGCCGGCAACGGCGGCAAGGACAGCCAGAAGAGCAACGCCGGCACCGCCCGCUACUUCUCCGAGGGCGACAGCGUCCUCGUCGCCCAGGGCGUCACCGGCUCUGUCGCCCACCGCGGCCCCAUCAGCCGCUUCAUCCCCUACCUCUCCGCCGGCCUCAAGCACUCCAUGCAGGACUGCGGCAUCCAGUCCCUCAAGGAGCUCCGCGAGUCCGUCGACAACGGCACCCUCCGCUUCGAGCUCCGCACCGCCAGCGCUCAGAUGGAGGGUAACGUCAACAUGGAGUCCUACGAGAAGAAGCUCUUUGCCUGAAAAACGGCAAGGGACUCAGCUAGCUCGUAGUAGUACUAGCAGUAGGCUACCACGGGACAUGAGAAAACGGAUAACAAAGAUGUCAAUUGGGAAUAUUUUCUUCUUUCUUAACCAAUGUGGGUGGACCAAAAAAAUAGGGGGUUGAUGAAAAUCAAAGUUGGGCAAAAUGGGACUUGGGAGGAUACAACAUAGAAAAAUCAGCCUCUACACCCUCACCCUUUCCAAAGGGGAGGGCGAAGCAAAAGACGGGCUUUGGGCAGGGCGGUAGUGCUUCAGUAUAGCGGAGUUUUCGGAGUCUUUGGGUGAAAAAGGGGUGGUCGGGCCUGAGACGCCUCUUGAGAUGGAUGAUGCAG